UAAUAGUUUUCAUUUCAGAAAUUUAUUCAAUACAAUAUUUUUUAACGCGUAGACGCAAUUUAGACUCGUCUCAUCGUAUAAAUAGGUUCAUACACAUAUUUUUUAUUUAGUUUUUAGCGCAGCGUUCUCAGUUACAUAGGCGAGCUUUUAUUAGGUGAUAUAAGAGAUAUAGUAGUUCCCGCGAAUCGGUCAAACCAGAAUAUAUUACAGAAAAAUUAACAACAACAACACAACAUGAUUAACUUAGAGGAGAGCAGAAGGAGCAUCGCGAGGUUUCGCGAAAGUAUUUACGGUGGCGAUGAGGUCGACUUCACCGAUAUUUUCCAAUUCGAUAUGGAUGAAGAUGAUCAUAGGCAAAUCAUAGCUGUAAUGAGGGACUCUCUGCAGCGCUUACCGGGCACUUUUCGGGGUGAAAUAUUGGACAAAUUCGUAGAGAACCAUCCCAGUCUCAGGUGGAACGUGAACGAUGAAGAACCAGUGCCGUUAGACACUAUUUCCGGAUAUAGUUUUGACAGUUUAAUUCCUGCUCGCUGGAUUUCAAUGCGACAAGAAUUCGACAAACAAUUGCAAUCGUUUUCAAGUACUUUUUCCAUACGUGAUCCAGACAGGUUCUGGGGCAUAGUACAGGAUAAGCAACGACCACACUACGACAUAGCACGCGAGCUUGCAAUUCAGAAAUUGGCUAACGACGUGAAUACCUCAUUGUAUAUGAUGUACAAACUAAACCAAUGUAAGGAUAAGGACUUCAAACUGGAGGACUACCAGCAUUUUCAAGUUUUCAGUUGGACGGAUGAUCGAUUUCUUGCCAGACGUCAAAUGAAAGGCAUCGCUUGGGUGGAUAUAUUUCAAAAAUCCAUCACUGAUAAAUGUUUGGACUCAUUCAAGUUGCGCUACGAUAUUAUGGAAUUGGUGCGUCUGCUAAAACCGUACUUUUUAAGCUUCUGCACCAGGAAUAAUGAGCUCGUAUUGUCGACAAUAGCGAUGAUAAACAAUGCAGGCAACCUGUUAGAAAUGCAUAAUAAAACCACUGAGGAACUAGAAGAUAGUUUAUCAUAUUUCAUGAACAAGAUAAAUGAUAUUACAAAUAUUUCACUGUCGCGCCGAAGUACAAGCCGAGAUGUUGUGAAGAACUAUUUCGAAAUGGAAACCCUGGCUUAUGUAGUGCGCGAUCCCAUUGAGCAGCGGUAUCACAUGAACUACAUGAUCAAUAGAGCCGCUGAAUGGCAGGACUAUACGGACAAGAAGGAAAAUGACAUCAGAAAGGAACUGGAGGAUAUUCAGCGGAAGCAUAAUGUUGAAUCGUAUUGUAACUCAUCGAUGAUGCAGUGCAUCUAUGGCAUAAUACAGGACUAUAAAACACGAAUUGAAACCCUAAACGAGGAAUACGAUCGCCGCAUAAAUGAGUUGCAGGAUAAAAAUAUAAAACUCAAGGUUGGCUUGGAUAAUAUGAAGAUACAAAAAGAGUUUCUUAUGGGCGAAAUGGAGUACAUGAACAUGAAAAUUCGUGAAAUUGUGGCAGGGAGUGCGAUUGUCAGAGUGAAACGUGCGCGAAGUAAACGAGCACACUCAUCGGUAGCAUCGCAGUCAUCCAAUUCAUCACGCUUAUUUUCAAGAUUAAGCAAGUCCAAGUCGAAGCGCUUUAAGUAAAGCUAAACGAAUUGAUACAUAUGGGUAUAUAUAGUAUAUACGUUAAUGCCGUGUGAAAAUUGUACUAGAAAUAAAUGCAAAAUACACUGAUCGAAACAAA